AUGUCCCCAAUGACAGUCACAACAUUUAACUCAACAAAUGCAACCCGAACAGUCUCCUAUGUCCACCUGAACCAAGGCGCUCCACACACCCUAGUCUACUGCUAUGGUGCAGGUGGUGGCUCACUUCUAAUCGGCCUAUUCGAACCAUUUCUAGAAUCCCACCCAGACCUAUCCCUCAUCUGCAUUGAUCGGUGGGUCCAAGGCAAAGAUGCCGCCCGUACGGGUCCGGCGCUCCUCACCGAUCUAAGCACCAUCACUCUAGAACUCCUGAAUACGCUCGGCAUCGACCAUUUCAGCAUUGCGGCGCACUCGGCGGGUGCUUAUCAGAUGCUUGAUCUGGCUCGGUAUGCCCCACAGAGAGUGGAUCACGUCUUUCCGAUUUGUACCCAUAUUCCCGCUGCUUAUACCGAUUCAAGGAUCAUGAAGUCUAUGUGUACGAUGCCUGUCUUUCUGUUCAAGGCUAUCACGAAGCUGGACUCGGGAUCGGCUCCGAAAUGGUUGGCGGAUAUGGUUCUGAGUUUGAUGACGAAGAAUGCGGAUGGUCAAGACGGGGAUUUUGUGAUCUCGGGUGAAAGAAAGAAGUCGGCGCUUGAGCAGAAGGAUGUUGAACGUGAACGUAUUCGAGAAGAGAGGGUAGACCUUGAUUACAGUCUGGGAUAUGAGCGUAUUGAAGGGAUUACGAGGGAAGUCUUGACGGACUUGUACCGAGAUUGUCCGAUUGGUAUGACGUGGUUCACCACGGAUAACGAUGUCUUUUUUGGACUGGAAAGUGCGCGGAGGGUGUCGGAAGAGAUGAAGGUGAAGACUGAGAUUGUAGAUGUCCCUGGCGCAACCCAUGCGGAUGUAAUGCUGCGGACACAGGUUUGGGACGCCAUGCAUCUCAAGAUCGUCCAUAGAACAGAGGUAUAG